GAAAAAAAUAAAGAUAGAAAGAAAGAAGAUCAGAAGAUUUGAACAGAAAAGAGAUGGACACUAGUUCGGUGCAGGAAUAACGUGAUGCCAUCAGUCAUGGUGGUACAGUUGGUGAUGGUGGUAGUCAGAAUAUGAGAUGCACCCAAUUAGUGUACUCCCUAUCCAAGACCCCCAAAGCACCAUCUAUCAGUUAUCUACUGUAAUGUGUAUUUUUAAGGGUAAUGCGGAUGGACCAACGCCAAACACGACAGGGGGUUGGUUUUGGAUCUCUGAUCCGGCUACCAACAAGAAAAAGAUGAAAACCAGUCAGAGUACCUCUUCCCUCCAGCUCUUCACCAUCAAAUCCAACAAACCCAUCAACAACAGUAAACCAGACAAAGGUGCCACAGCCUCUCCACAGAACAUGGAGUAUCACCAAGGGGAAACGGUGAAUGAUGACGUCGACAAACGGAACGUCGUCCUCCGAAGAUCAGUGAGUCUGCUCGACAUCACGACUUUGGACAAGGAUAGAAUGCGAGAUGAAUCGGAGAUGACGAAGGCCGUCACAUCAGCCACAGAAGGAGAGAAAGGGGCUUCAGGGAUUGAGUUUAAAGGCUUCGGAGAUGUUGGGGUUCAAAGAGGUCUUGGAGCUAGCAGCGUUUCUUCCAGCUGUUCCGAUGGUGGAGAUGAUCAUCCGAAUCAAGAUGGUGAUCUCCAGAAAAGUACAGAGAUGGAAGCGGAGAUUAUGGACACACAAAAUGGAAUAAAGGAAAAUGGAUACAUGAAUACAGAUGAUUUUAACAAGCUCCAGCAAUUAGAACAGAAACUCAAUAAAUCUCAAGCGACUGCAAGGAUGCUUCACAAAGCAAAUAUCGGGUAUCAGCAUGAUAUAAACAACUUGACAAAAACACUGGAGGAUGAAUGUGAAACAAGACGAACUUUACAUGAAGAAUUAGAAGCAUCAAGGAAACUUUGCUGUGAGCUUUACGAGAAUCUUCUUCAAGAGAGAACACAUUGUCGGAGCACCAAUAUUUCAGAGGUCGAGCGCCAUCUCUCUACAGAAGCACUGAAAUUUUCUCUGUCGGAUGCUGCGGUACAAACGGAGGUUGAACGUGUUGACUUUUCUAUCCAAACUGAUGAAAAUCAACUACUUGGCUUUGAGAGCAGAGAAAAUGUGUCCAAAGGGUACUUGCUUACAAUGGAAGGAAGUUCCUUCCCUCAAGAGAUACCAAGGUAUGGCUUCUAUCUAUCUCAUCUCCUGGAAGAGUAUAAAGAAAAUCAAAAGAAUUUGGAAGUACAGUUGAAGAAUCUGAGUACACAAUGUCGAGAGAAAGAUGAAGAUUUGAAGAAUGUGAAGGAUAAGCUGGCAGGUCACAUCCGCUUCAACACACUACUCCAGUCAGAGAAAGUGUGUUUGGAAGAGACUGUAGAGCAGCUAAGAGAGGAAGUUAUGUCAUGUGAUCAACUAGUGCAGUCAUGUGACUCUGUACUGAAGGAGAAAGAUAGAGAGAGACGAGAGCUGCUUGUGGCAAAGUACAGAUUGGAACGUUGUGUUGCUGAGUAUGAGUUUAAAGAAAAGGAGCUUCAAGGAAUGGUUUCGGGUUUUCGAGAAGACAUCGGAGACUUGGCUUCAGAGAGGAAGAAACUUCGCAAAUGUGUAAAGAAAGCCAGGAGAUUUCAAUCCCCAAGUCAACAGGUCAAGGUUCCUGAACCAAUAAAGGAAGUAAAUGAAGAGAGAGAAGUAGAGCUGGAGGUCAAGGUUCCUGAGCCUAUAAAGAAAGUAAAUGAAGAGAGAGAAAUUGAGCUCCAGGCAAAAGCUGAACUUCUCAAUGCCAUCAGAGAGAUAGCUUUCAAGAUUUCAAAAAGCCCUGGGAAAACCGUCGAUCCCGGAGUUAAAGCAGACCAGGCUGAUGAAGGAACAUCUGUUGAGGGUCAACAGAGGAAACAAUCUACUGGAGAUGAUGACAAAGAGGGCUAUAAAGCCUUUUAUGUGAGAGAGUCUGAUCUUUUUACCAUGGAUAAUUCGCUGAUUGAGAAGAAGACCACUGAGUGCAGUGUCAACUAUGACUCCUCUUUGAAUUACAGUUACGAUUUUCGCGGCUCGGGAUUGGAGGAUGAGAGGCAGCUGUCUGCCAAACUUGAAGGGAGUUCUUACCCUUCACAAAGGCUGGUAAUAGAAGCUAGAGAAAUUGGAAGGAAGAGGCUGAAAAAUACAGGGCAUCUUACGAGAGAGAAACCCAAGAUCAAUAAUACAGCGGGGAGAUUCAUGAAGGAUUCAGAUGGCCAAGAAAUGAAGGUGUCAGGUGUUUUGCAUAGAUCCAGUCAUCAUGGUGAUCUUCCUUCCCUGGACAAGUCUGAUGAUAAGGGGGAGGACUUGGAAGACGAGGUUACCUUAUCUUGCCACAACCUCUACAGUGAUGUCAUGAAUGAACUCAGCUGUAAGAAUGCCGCUGCUGCAAUGCCAAUUGUCACUGCAACAACCGCCACUGAGAAUGCUCCAGAAGCACCCUCUAGCGGAACCUAUGACAGGGAAUGCGUCAGCUUGGAGGAUAUCUCUUCCGGUUACAGUGAUGACCUACUGAAAUCAGAGGAGUGGAGGGCAUCUGUUGAUUCACUUCCUAGUUCAGAGGGAAGUAGUUGCGUAGACUUUCUAGAUGAUGAUACUAAUAUGCAGCAUUUAGCCAACAAGACCACUGCAUCAAGAAAAAUAGUAAACCCUGUGGAGGGAGAGGAGGACUCAGAAGACAUUUCAGAAAAUGAGGAUUAUGACUCCAAGUUUUUUAAAAUGCAAAAGUAUUUGUCUUCCAACAACUCAAAUGAAUCUGAAUAUGGGAAAGGAAAUGAUGCACAAGCUGUAGAAUCUCGUAGGUUUCCAGGCAGCUUUUCCAUAGCCAAAGGAACCAAACCUAAUCAGGUAGAUGAAAGCACUGAUCCCAAACAUGUUGGUGAGGGUUCAGAUGACCUCCACUCAUGGGAAUCACCGCAGCGAUUAGGGGAGAUGAAGAAUGAUGACAUGAGCCUAUCUCAUAGGAUUAUUCCUCUCUCCGGAGAUGAGUUACAAGAGGAUGAUCUUGAUUUUUGUGUCGCAGAUGAGGAUUAUGAUACCACGGAUCAUGAUAAAGAAAAAGAAAUCAGUGAUGCAUCACUUGAUUACAAUGAAGACCCUACAGUUCCUUGGGAUGAAAGAGUUCAUGUUAACCAAGACACUGGAUGCUCACCCAUCAGAAACAGAAUCUUCCAAAGUGAACAACAAUUUGAAAUAUCCUCAGGACAAAGGAAGUCUCCCAAUCCCACCAAGAUCAAGAAGGAUGUUACUAACAGGUACAUGAAAGGCAGUAGCCUGGAUCCUGAAGUCGCUGAGAGGAAAAUACCUCCAUACAUCACCUUUGGAAGGAAAGACAUGGAGAGAGGAGUUUCUAAUUAUCAAGAAAAGACCCAUGAAGAUCCCUUUUCCAUCCGUCAUUCCAAUCAUGGCAGGUACAGGACUCCAGAGAACCGUGCUGAUCUCCAUCUUGAAGGAAUCCAUGAUCUGAAUGGGACCGAUAGCGAUGGGUCUGUUAGUUCUUGCGAUAGUUACGGAGAGGCAUCACCGGCCGAAGGUCUCAUACUACGCAAACAAGUUAUGGAGAACUAUGCAACCAGGGCUAAUGACAGAGCAUGGCAUUAUGUGUACAUGAAGCAAGAAGGUUCAAGAUUGAUGUUCUACAAGGAUAGAAUGGGAAGGGACUUAGAUGCUCAUAUUGAAGAACCUCUAGUACUAAGCAAUGCUAUCGUAUCAGUGGCUAAGGAUUACUCCAGGAGGAAGCAUGUCUUCAGAGUCCAACUUCCAAAUGGCCACCAGUAUUUGUUUGCUGCCAAGGAUGAUCGUGAGAUGAUGUUCUGGGUCUGUCGUCUGGAUGCAUGCGGAGCUCCUCCCAUGUAUCGCCAUGACCACGGCUACUCCCGCCUCCCUGCUGCCAUCACCACCAUUCCUCCACCUACCAGCGGCUCACCCACCAGAUCAGAGAGAUUGAAGAAUAUGAUCAAGGGUGGUAUUUCAGCACUGCUCAAGUAAAAUCCAUGUUUACACUAUGCCUGCCUAUGCCAGUUUACCAAGCUCAUGUAGGAUCAUCUGUGUUUGUAAGAUUUACAUCCAGGAAUAUUCUGUAUAUCAUAGAUUGUCAUCAUAGGGGUAUAUCAGUGCUGCACAAAUAAUGCUUUUGCACUUUGUAAUCUUCAUUAGCUUCAUUAUUUUGCUUUAUGAUUGGCCUUGUUGAUAUGGCACAUUUUCAUAGAUAACAACACAGAUUUUGUUUCCUGUUUUUUUCUUAAUUUGGGCAGUUUGUCAAGUAACAAUCUCAAUGAACACAAAGCAUUUUGCAGGAAUGUAGUAAAUUUAAUUGUAUCAGUUAUCAAUGCAAGUGAAUUCUCAUAUCAAAUGCAAUGCACCAUUUUGUGAAAAUUUGGUAGGUCAUCAUGCUCUCCCUCCUCCCCCUUUCCUGCCUACUUAAAGGGAUGGUCUGGGCUGAAAGUAUUUAUAACUUAAUAAAU